AUGGGCUGCACGUCAACGGCCCACAGCCAUCGCUUUGCUCAGUCCGCUUGGCAGUUGGCCUUGCGAUUCGGCAAACGAACUACCAUACAUGGCCUGGAUAGGCUCCUCAGUGCCCGGGCAAGUAAGUGGGAGCGCUUUGUCUGGCUGUGCACCUUUGUAAGUGCGUUCUUGGGAGCGGUUUACGUGUGCCUGAUACUCUCGGCCCGCUACAACGCCGCCCACUUUCAGACGGUGGUAGACAGCACUCGGUACCCGGUGUACCGCAUACCUUUUCCGGUGAUUACGAUCUGCAACCGCAACCGCCUCAACUGGCAGCGCUUGGCUCAGGCAAAGUCAAGAUUCAUGUCAAACAUCAGCGACUCUGCCCAACUGUCCCUCUUCGAGCACAUCGUGGGCAGCUACGACGAUGCCUAUUUUGGCCACUUCCAGUCCUUCGAACGGUUGCGCAACCAGCCGACAGAGCUGCUGAACUACAUCAAUUUUAGUCAGGUGGUGGACUUUAUGACCUGGCGCUGCGAUGAAUUGCUCUCAGACUGCCAGUGGCGGCACUACGCCUACAACUGUUGCGACAUCUUCUCGAAGCGGCGCAGCAAGAACGGACUGUGCUGGGCAUUCAACUCCCUAGAAACCGACGAAGGCAGGAGGAUGCAGCUACUCGAUCCCAUGUGGCCUUGGCGCACAGGAUCGGCAGGUCCCAUGAGCGCUCUCUCCGUAAGGGUCCUUAUCCAGCCCUCUAAGCACUGGCCGGGAAACAACAAAAAGGCUGAAUUAAAGGGCAUCGACGUUAUGGUAACCGAACCCUUCGUGUGGCACAACAAUCCAUUUUACAUUCCCUCGAACACGGAAACUACCCUAGAGAUUGAACCGAUCAUCUACUUCUAUGAUAAUGACACGCGAGGUGUUCGCUCCGACCAGCGACAGUGUGUGUUCGAUGAUGAGCACAACAGUAGGGAUUUCAAGUCCCUGCAAGGCUACGUAUACAUGAUUGAGAAUUGCCUUUCGGAGUGCCACCAGGAGUACUUGGUGCGCUACUGUAAUUGCACAAUGGACUUACUUUUUCCACCGGGCCAAUAUCGGUCGUGCCGGGCGCAGGAUUUGCUCUGCUUGGCGGAGCACAAUGACCUGCUUCUUUACUCGCACCAGCCUGGCGAGAAGGACUUUGUGCGCAACAACUUCGAGGGCAUGUCCUGUAAAUGCUUUCGCAACUGCUACUCGCUUAACUACAUCAGCGAUGUCCGCCCCGCAUUUCUGCCGCCGGACGUUUAUGCUAAUUCCUCAUAUGUGGAUUUGGAUGUUCAUUACCGCUUUGAGACCAUCAUGGUCUAUCGCACAAGCCUUGUCUUUGGCUGGGUAGACUUAAUGGUUAGCUUUGGUGGAAUUGCCGGCUUGUUUCUGGGAUGCUCCUUAAUAAGUGGCAUGGAGCUGGCGUACUUUUUGUGUAUUGAGGUGCCGGCCUUUGGAGUGGAUGGGCUGCAUCGAUACUGGAGGACCCGUCAACAGAUGGAUACGGAAAUGACCACUCCAACGUUAAAUUUCCAGCAAAACACACCCAGUCGGCUAAUGGAGAACUACAUUAUGCAACUAAAGUCGGAGCAGGCGCAACAAGAGAAGCUUAAACAGAAGUCAAGCUUUUACAACUGGCAACGAAAUACAUUUGCUCAAAAAAAUGUUAUUAGAAAGUAAAAAACGAAUUCA